GAUUCUGCUCCUCUCUCGUCCUGAACUGUGAAUAAAGAUGGCAGACGAGUCGGAGCGGGUUCCUCCUCCUUUUCCAGAGUCGGAGCCGCGGGAGACGGAUCCAGCGGACGGGGAAAGCGACGAGGAUAGCGACGACUUUGAGGGAGAGGACAUCUUUACCGGCAAUAGCCAACCUUUGGAGCCUAAAAAAGACCCCCUCCCACCAGCCUCCACCUCUACCACCACCAGCAGCAACACAAAGACCAAUGGACUGCAUUCAGACGAUGAAGAGCAGGAUAUAUUUGCAGAGGCCACCGUAGAGCUGGCUCUGGACAGUCCUCUCAAUAAUAGAAAGAGAGAACCAGCUCAGGCCAAACUGUUGGCAUCUGGGCCCUCCCUUACAGUCACGGGGCCAAGCACUUUGAAACCACCACCGGCCAAAACCUUCGAGGAGCUAGAAGAAGAGGAGGAAAAGGACACAUUUGAAUUGAAUGUUGCAGUUACCAAUCCUGAGAAAGUUGGGGAUGGUAUGAAUGCAUAUAUGGCUUAUAAAGUCUCAACUCAGACCAAUUUACCAAUGUUCAAGUGUAAGACGUAUACAGUAAAGAGGCGUUUCAGUGAUUUCCUUGGAUUAUACGAGAAGCUCUCUGAAAAGCACUCGCAAAAUGGAUACAUUGUACCCCCGCCUCCAGAGAAGAGCAUACUUGGGAUGACCAAAGUGAAAGUGGGGAAAGAGGACUCCUCCUCUGUAGAGUUUGUGGAAAGGAGACGCGCUUCACUGGAAAGAUAUCUUCAGAGAGUUGUCAGUCACCCGUCAUUAUUGCAAGAUCCAGACGUUAGGGAAUUUCUAGAGAAAGACGAGUUACCUCGUGCUGUGGGUACCCAGGCAUUGAGCGGAGCUGGCUUCCUCAAAAUGAUAAACCGAGCUACCGACGCAGUCAGCAAGAUGACUAUUAAGAUGAACGAGUCUGACAUUUGGUUUGAAGAGAAGCUACUGGAGGUGGAAAGUGAAGACCAACAUCUGCGUAAACUUCUCUCUGUUGUGGAAACCCUUGUAAACCACAGGAAGGAGCUCUCCAGCAACACAGCCAUGUUUGCGAAGAGUGUGGCGAUGCUGGGCAGCUCAGAGGACAACACGGCUCUGUCCCGUGCUCUGUCCCAGCUGGCUGAGGUGGAGGACAAGAUCGAGCAGCUUCACCAGGACCAGGCCUGCAACGACUUCUUCAUCUUGGCAGAGCUGUUCACAGACUACAUCCGCCUCCUCACCGCCGUGAGGGGCUCAUUUGACCAUCGAAUGAAAACUUGGCAACGAUGGCAAGACGCUCAGGCUACACUGCAGAAGAAACGUGAAAACGAAGCCAAGCUGCUGUGGGCAAACAAACCUGACAAGCUGCAGCAGACCAAAGACGAGAUCUCGGAGUGGGAGUCUAAAGUAACACAGUAUGAGAGAGACUUUGAGAGGGUUUCAGCUACAGUGCGGAAAGAGGUUCUCCGAUUUGAGAAAGAGAAAGCCAUGGAUUUCAAGAACCAGCUAGUGAGAUAUCUUGAAACGCUUCUACACUCGCAUCAACAGCUUAUUAAAUACUGGGAAGCAUUUCUGCCGGAAGCAAAAGCAAUCGCUUAACAUGACCAAGGAAGUUGUGUGAACCUCUCAAACUCUGCCUUUUUAUACACUUUACCUCUUGCCUUUUAAACCAAGAAAGUGAACCAAGAUCCCCCGCAAAGGGAAGAAACUGAACUAAUACAGUACAUGUUAGUAUAGCUCUUCAUCUUAACUAUUGUAUUAACUAUGUAUAUUUUACAUGUAACUUCCAUAUAUAUUUUCUUAUAAAAAAUCAUUUUUGGGGCACAGGGUUCUAUUAGCAAAGAGCCAAAACACAUCUAGUUUGUUUAAAAAAAAAAAAAAUGUUUUUAAAAAAUUAAAAAAACACAUGUACCACUAUGCUUAUAUUAAGGUUUUGCACUCAUUAGCACCAGCUGAUUAGCCAUUUUAAUAGAUGAUUUUGGGGGUUCGUUUUGCUAUUCUUUAAGAUACUGCUAUAGGUCAGCUCUUACGAGCUUUCAUGCUUGUUUAGUAGAGAUUCAGUCCUUUAGCUGGGGUGGGGAAUUGAAGCUGCUUUGGGUGAAUCAAGCAUUUGCCCUGGGGAUCAUUAAUCCACAGAACCAGAGCACACAGUGUCUGUUCACCACUGCGUGAGAGUCGGUUGGUUGAUGAUACUGUAGUAUGAUCACAGACUGUAACCCGGUGGCAAGUUUGAUGGCAACUGAGCCAACAGCACCCACCUAGGAGUGACCAGUCGCAAAGUGGCCUGCUUAUUCGAGUGCCCCGUGGGUCACAUAAAGUGAAAUGAGGUUAAAUAGUCUUACACUAGCUAGUAUCUACAAUGACGUGCAGCCCGAGUGAACAUUGUAUUUCAGUGUAGAAGCUAGAAGUGCCUUUUCCUUGCUAGUGUGUGAAGGAGUAGAGUAGGAUUGAGGAUACAAGAAACGGUCAGCUUGAGAAUGUGUAGUGUUAAAAAUGAUUUUAUCUUUGAAUGGUAAGUGAGCUUACCCCAUAGAGCUAUACUGCAAGGUAGUUCCUUCCCGUAGUGCAAUGAAAUGUUUUUGCCAAUAUGAUUUGUAUUUGUUAAUAACUGUUGUAUUUCGUUACACUGAGUUCUGCUAAUGGCUCCUGUAUUGUUAUUCAGUAGACCUACCUAGUCGAUGCUUGAUUGGUGAAAGGGUUUGCAACAUACAAUACAAUAACGCAAGAUAAUCUUAAUAGCUUGAAAUAGCCAGGCAUAGCAUUCUUUAACAUUUGGCUUCAUAGAAUAACCUAAACCAUUGUGUCCCCUUUCUGGGUCUGUAUAAAUUGUCUUUCUAGUUUUAAAUAUUAUUCCAUUUCAUAUUGUUGAAACGCCAUAUAUGUGUUUUUCAUGAGAGGUGGGACUUGCAGAAGCCACUUAAUGUCUGAUACUACUUUGGUAGCAUAUACCAGCUGAACUGGUGUACACAGUUUAAAAAUACAAUUCUAACCCUUCCCUUAGAAUGUUUUACGAUGGUUGCAGCCAUACACAUUUUCCUGAUCUCAGAUUAACUGAUACCAAACAGUGUUACGAUGAGUUCUGAGAUGAGGAAGCACAGACACAUUGUGAAUUAUUACCGUGUAUGCUCAAAGCCUUUUGGAGACUAUUAAUAGAACUUGCUAUUGAACUGGGACCCAUUCAGAAUAUUUGCAAGCAUGAAGACUGAAAAUGGCCUUUUGAUGCAUUGUCCCUUUUUCCUGUUUAUCUGUGACUGUCUGAGGAGAUAGGGCUGUAGCAUCAAGUGUUUGAGCAACAGGGCAGUGGGCUUCAUGCGUGAAGGGGACACUACCUGGUCAGCCGGAAAGAUAGAAACUUUAUUUUUAGUAAUUGACAAACAAUCAACUUUGAAUAGUUUCUUUUUUUAUUAUUAUUAUUAUUAUUAUUAUUAUUAUUAUUGCAUUGUAUUUGGUGCUGGGAUAGUUAUUCAAACAUUGCUUGAAAUACAAUUUUAUACAGAAAUUGUAAUUUGUUUGCAUCAGAUUUAUCAGACAUGAUUUAUUUACUUUAGUAAACUCCAAAAUACUAUAAUACCUAUAUAUUUUAAUAUAACAAAAUAAUAACAACCUCCAAGUAUCUCUGUCUCCUGGUAGUAAUAUCUUUGCUGACAACAGGGAAAAUAAAUAGUGCUUCUUUGUCUCACCAUGUAAUCACGUGGUGUAUAGGGUUGAAUUUUCCAUAACCUAGUGCUUACUUGUUUCAGUUAAAAAUGAAAAUAAAAUGUGUUUGUCCCAGCACUAAUUGGCACAUCUCAGCCCCACUUCUUUUCAAAGUGUUUACCUGUUAUUAAUAUUAAAAGGUGUCUUCUUCACAGCAUUCAAUAUUCCUUAACAGAUACUAAAAACCUUAAUUAUAAAAAUGUUAUGCAUACUACAGGGUUGAGUUUGUUAUAUUCAAAAUUUACUCAAAGUAGUAAAUUACUGAAAAUAAAAUUCUUUAAUAAA